CCUGUCAUCCAGCGGCGGAGGAGGAGGCGGCAGCAGCAGAAGCGUGGGCGAACCGGGAGACCCUCUACAGUCACACCGAAACUCCGAGGCGGUGGACAGCUGCUGAGGAGCCGGAGUGCUUCACACAGAACGGAAGCUGCUUUCGGCUCAUAUUUGCUCUUCAUGGGAGCACCGCACGCUACAACAUCUGGAGCUCGCGCCUGUCAGUGAAACUACUCUUCCUCGUGCCCGCGUGAUGUGUGGCAGGUUUUAACUUAUGAAGUAACCGGCUUUUUCUCACUCGGUGGAGCCGACGGUGCCGUACUGGGCUGCAGGAAGCGGACUCAGUUUGGAGCUGGCAGGCGUAGAGGGAGCUAGUGAGCAUGGAUGAGCCAGGCAGCAGGAACAGCAGCCUGCAGAGGAAAAAGCCCCCAUGGCUCAAAUUGGACAUCCCAACCAUCCAGCUUACACCAGACGACACACCCACACACACUCAGCCAGUAAAGCGCCUGCGCAGUGUCAGCAUGCCAGGGGAAAACCCCCAGACCUGUAUCGCUGCUGUGGAGACAUCCAACAACUACCUCAGACCUCCUUUGGAGAGACUGCCCUCCUUCACACAGUCCAUCAAGAGUGAGAAAAGGGUGCGCUUCCAGCGGGUCAACACAGUUCCCCCAAAGGGCCAGAGGGGCCCAAGGAGGGUGUCAACCAUCCGAAGGCGCUCCUGCAUCCCCAAAAUACUGACCCGACGGCGUUCAUCUAUACCCAAACAGAUAAUCAGGGGCACAGCAGACUGGUUUGGGGUGAGCAAAGACAGCGACAACACCCAGCGAUGGAGGAGGAAGAGCCUGCAGCACUGCAGCCAUCUGUACGGGGGUCUAAAGGCACAGGUGAUACGGGAGAUGGAGUUACGCAGCCAAGACAACCUUUCCCUGGCCAGCACUGAGACCCCUCCUCCCCUCUACCUCCCACCCCACCACCCCAGUCACCAUCACUAUGGCAUACAGAGGAUUGUAGACCCCCUGGCCCGGGGUCGUGCCUUCCGAAUGGUAGAAGAGGUAGACGGCUUCAGUGUCCCGCAAACUCCCAUCACGCCCGGCACCGCUUCCCUCUGCUCCUUUUCCAGCUCCCGCUCCGUACUCAACCGGUUGCCACGACGACGCAAACGGGAGUCUGUUGCAGUCAUGAGUCUCAAAGCUGCAGCAGCUUUAAUGAAGGGCCGGACAUUAGGUGACAGCACCUCUGGGCGGUGUCGCAGACGGAGUUUCAUGCCUCCUAGUUUCUUUGAUGACGACACUCUGGACUUGCCUGAUGAGCUGGACACGUCCUUCUUCACCAGAGACGGCCUGCCGGAUGAGUUGUCCAGCUACGCUGAUGAAGUUUUUGAGACACCAUCAGAGGCUGCCCUCAAACAGCUGGAUGAGAGCGAGCUCACAGGAAGUGCGCUGGACAAGAAUGAACUGGAGAGGACUCACCUCAUGCUGCCCUUAGAGCGAGGAUGGAGGAAGGCAAAAGAUGGCUCUGUGGUCCACCCUAAGGUGCGUCUGAAACAGGAAGUAGUGAGUGUCAACAGCCAUGGCCAGCGGGGACAGAGGAUUGCGGUCCCCGUUAAGAAGCUGUUUGCCAGAGAGAAGAGGCCCUACGGGCUCGGCAUGGUCGGUCGUCUCACAAACCGGACGUACCGCAAGCGCAUUGACAGCUUUGUCAAAAGGCAGAUUGAGGACAUGGAUGAUCACAGGCCUUUUUUUACCUACUGGAUCACAUUUGUCCAUUUGCUCAUCACCGUUCUGGCUGUCACUAUCUACGGUGUUGCCCCUUUCGGCUUCUCACAACAUGAAACCGUUGACUCUGUGUUAAGAAACAAGGGAGUUUAUGAAAACGUUAAAUUUGUGCAACAGCAAAACUUCUGGGUUGGUCCAAGUUCAGAGGCACUGAUCCACCUGGGAGCCAAGUUUUCCCCCUGCAUGCGUCAAGACCAAGAGAUUCACAAACUGAUCCAGGAGAAGAGAGCGAGAGAGCGAGAAUCGGGCUGCUGUGUGAGGAACGAUCGCUCUGGCUGCCUGCAGACUUUACAAGAGGAAUGUUCGAGCACCCUGGCAGUGUGGGUGAAGUGGCCUCAGCACCCCAGUGCUCCAUAUCUGAACGGUACGCUACGCCAACAUGGUUCAGUCUGCCAUCAGGACCCCAGAAUUUGUCUGGAGCCAGCUUCAGUUUCGCCUCACGAGUGGCCUGAUGACAUCACCAAGUGGCCAAUUUGUACGAGGUACAACUCCGGGAAUCACACCAACCUCCCCCACAUAGACUGCACCAUCACAGGUCGGCCGUGCUGCAUCGGAACCAAGGGGCGAUGUGAAAUCACUUCAAGGGAGUACUGUGACUUCAUGCGCGGCUACUUCCACGAGGAGGCUACUCUCUGCUCACAGGUGGCCUGCAUGGACGACGUGUGUGGUUUGCUUCCUUUUCUCAACCCGGAAGUCCCAGACCAGUUCUCCAGACUCUGGCUGUCUCUCUUUCUUCAUGCUGGGAUCCUGCACUGUCUGGUGUCAGUGUUUUUCCAGAUGACGGUGUUGAGGGACAUUGAGAAGCUGGCUGGCUGGCUGAGAAUCUCUAUCAUCUACAUGCUAAGCGGCAUCACAGGCAACUUGGCCUCAUCCAUCUUCCUGCCCUACAGAGCAGAGGUGGGUCCUGCAGGCUGCCAGUUCGGCAUCCUCGCCUGUCUGUUUGUUGAGCUGUUUCAGAGCUGGCAGAUCCUCGAGCGGCCGUGGCGAGCUUUUGCCAAGCUGCUGGCCAUCUCGAUCUUCUUCUUCUCAUUUGGUUUUCUUCCUUGGAUCGACAACUUUGCCCACAUCUGUGGUUUUGUGUCGGGAUUCUUCCUGUCCUUCGCCUUUCUGCCUUACAUCAGCUUUGGGCGUUCUGACAUGUACCGGAAGCGGGUCCAGAUCUGUGUCUUCCUGUUAAUCUUCCUGGGUCUUGUCUCGGCCCUAGCCGUCCUCUUCUAUGUCUACCCUGUGAAGUGUGACUGGUGCGAGUACCUCACCUGCAUCCCCAUCACAGACAAGUUUUGUGAGAAGUAUGACCUGAAUGCACACCUCCUUUGAAUGAAACUUUUGCAAACGCUGGAUGUUGAUGAAGCUGUAAGUUGGAUGUGGCGCCACAAUGCAACUUGUGACUGAGCAAGAACAUUUCGUCUGGAGUGAUGAGCAGUUCAGGAUUUCAUGUGGACCUGUUUGUUUGACUGUUUCUAAAGGUACGACAGGCCCAUUCUGAGUAAAGGCUAUGCAUGACAGCCUUCAGGCAUUUUAUUAAAAACAUUCACACACCAAACUAAAAAUGUAAACAACUGGACUAAUCAAUGACCAGUCACACAGAGGAGUUACAAAGACAGUUUUUUUCCCCUGCCAAAUCACUUACCUCUUUUUUGUGGUAAAACUGACUCAACAGCACCCCUCAGUGGACACCUUCAAUGGAACUUUUUGUACUUUUUUAUUGACUAUUUCAUUAUGGAUUUGAAACUGUCCAAGAAAUGAGACUCUAAAAUGCUUAAAUGUGCCUUAUUGACACAAAACCAGACACACAAUGUAUUUUUGUGCCAAUUAUCAGUUUAUGAUCGCAGUUUAUGACAUUUUAGUUGCUGUUCGUAAAACUGAAGGAACUGCAUUCCACGCAAUCAUAAAAAUAUGUUUUUAUACUUCGAUUGCUUGAAUGCCAUUCCACUUUUUUUUACUACCCUGGAAACCUACAAUGCACUUCAUUCACAAAUAGAUUUUUAUAUUCACCCUGUGUUACAUCAGUAGAGAGCACACGUCUGUUCUGUAGUUAAUAGCUGUUAUGGAGGUGAAUUUGUGUUACUUCGUUCAAUGUGGUGGCGUUUUAGCCACCUGAAAAUAAACAUGAUGAGAUCCAAAGUCA